AAAUUUUCAACGUAAUUAUUUUGGAAUUUUCUUCAAAAGAGUGCGCUGCGGAUGUUCAAAUAAAAGUUCGAAAUAUUCGCGCGCGCACAAUACGUCAGAGAUAUCAUCAGGUGCUCAUUCGUAUAAAAUUUCAUAAUUUGAUAAACUACCGUGAAAGAUUAUCAUUAGAUUAUUUCAGUAUUAUUUUUUUACGUAUAGUCAAAAGUUAAUGGUAUAAUAUAAACGAUUUUCUUUGUACAACGAAUUAUGUGAAAUUUGUAUUUAAAUAAAUUAAGUUUAAAAAGUUGUUAAGUGUUUUUGUGGAACAUGCAAAAUAAUUUCAAGGAGAAAAAUGGUUUUAUAAGCAGGGACAGAUUAUUAACAAUCAGUGAUCGUUUGCGGGUAGCUAAUCUGCAUAAAAAAGAGUUGAAUUUUAAAUAUGUGGUUAUCGGCGAUUUUGGUGUUGGUAAAACUUCGAUUAUACAGAGAUACACUGACGGGGAAUUUUCUUCAUCAUAUAAGGUAACGAUUGGAGCAGAUUUUGCCGUAAAAACAUUGGAAUGGGACGAGGAACUUAGAAUACAUUUGCAUUUAUGGGACAUAGCUGGCCACGAAAGGUUUGGAACACUAACAGGAAUUUUUUAUCGACACUCGGUGGGAGCAGCUUUGGUUUUCGACCUUACUCGACCAGAAACAUUUAAAUCGACUCUAAAGUGGCUGACGGAUCUUCGAAAUAAAGUUCACUUACCGGGUGGUCAACCAAUUCCAACCAUACUCCUAGCGAACAAAGGAGACGUAACUACAAACACAUUACCUAAUGAUAUUGACGUUUUUUGCAAGGAAAACCAAAUCAUGGCUUGGUACAUUACAUCAGCUAAAGACAACGUUCAUAUAGAUGACGCUAUGAUAAGACUGACACACGCUGCCCUCAGAAACCACCACAGUCUUCAAUUUCCUCUUAUUACAGAUGACGUAAUAAGAUUGACAACCGAAGCUGAUAAAAGUACUAAAGAAAACUCGGCAGAGGAAAAAGAAAGAAAAUUUCUUUGUUGUUCUUAUUAGACGAAGAGGUUUUAUCAAAGUUGAGUUGGGACGCUUCGUAGUAUACAAAUAAGUUGGAAGCCAAUCUAUUUACUUUGAUGGUAAAAGUCAAAGGUAAAAGUCUUCUAACUCGACUUUGACAAAACAGGCAAUACUAUCCAAGCGAAAUAGAAGUGAGACGCGCGCAGCGUUAUUAUAAGUAGACAGUUAUAUAGCAUCGCAGUGUACUUGGUCCAAGUAAACUUUGACCAAAUACACUACUUUGACCGUGUCGUCUUAAUAUAAACAGUACAUUAACGAAUCUCUAGUUGAUGAUCAUUUAUUAACAUCAGAAAUGAUUAUUCUGAUUAAAAUUUAUAAAUAAAAUUAAAAUAAUAUAAGCAAAAAUUGUACUUCUUGAAUAGAUUUCCAGUAAUUCUAAAUUAGCUGAAAUUUUUGACAGAUAAAAUUUCUGACAGAUGAUUUUUUCAGCCAACAGAAUUACUGGAAAUCUAUUCAAGGUCGUUACGCCGUUACGCCGAUACGCCGUUUCUAGGAUAGUGUGGAUGUGUGGAUGUGUGGAUGCACUCUCAUGAGUAUAGAAUAUUGUAAAUUUAUUCAGAAUACCUAUAUUAUAUUUAGUUUUAUUAGUUUGUCGUUUAUAUCAGGAGAAUUCUUAAUAUUAAUUGGUUGGCAAAUUGUAAUGUAAAAACCAGGUAAAAACAACCAAUAAUGAUACUCAUUGUUAUAUUUAAAGUUUGUCUAACCAGAGCAGAGGAUACAAGACAAUGACAGUUGUUUUCUGAUAAUUUACUCCACAGGUAAAUUGUUAUUUUUGACAUUUUUAGGACGCCGUCUGUUGAAAUCACUCACUUUUAGGACAGAUUUUAUACUGUAGAUAAGUAUUUAUAGCAGAAAUGUUUUUUAAUGUAUAAUGAUAAAUUCUUAAUUAUCCUGACAAAUCAAAUUAUGUAAUAUUACUAUUUUCUUUAUUGAUAAUUAUAUUAUAUAAAAUAUGA